ACAUUCAUAUGGAGAUGUGGGACUAUAAAUAGGAGGGAUGGAGCCAGCAGAGAUCAGACUCUCUCUACAGAGACCUCUACAGCUCACACAUCCAGACAUGGCUCCUACAAUCACUGCAGCAAUCACCAGUUCUCAGGAGCAUCUGACUCUGAGCCACAAGCUCAGAAAGCCUCUGGUGGAGAAGUUACGCAGAGAGCGAAUCAACAGCAGCAUCGAGCAGCUCAAGUCUCUCCUGGGUCCAGAGUUCCUCAAACAGCAGCCAGACUCCAAGCUGGAGAAAGCCGACAUCCUGGAGAUGACGGUUUGCUUCCUCACACGACUGCAGCAGCAGAACCAGCAGCAGAGUAAACUGCUGGACCACUUCAGCAACCUGCAGUCGCCCUGUGAGAAGAACCUGAGAGAGGAGGACUCCUCUCCUCUGAGCUCCUCAGUCCAGACCAGCGUCAAAGACAAGAGUCCAGCCAGCAGCGCCCCCUGGAGGCCGUGGUAGACACCUACACAGUGGAGUCACUACCAGACAAACUGGGACCACACUGGUCAACGGUUACUGGAACUGGUUUCUUUGAAAUCUUAUAGACUUGUUCUUCUGUAUGAACAGAAGGUUGAAUUUGAUUUGAAAUUUCCCAAGGAAAGAAGAGAAGAAGGAAGAGAAUCUUCUCAUGCAUGUUGCAUGAAACUUUUCAUAAUUUUUCAUAAUUUUUUGUGAAACACAUAAAUUUGAUUGUUAUAUUUCUAAUCGCUUGGUUUCUACUGAUCAUGUUGAUCGGUAAUCUUACUUCGAAAAUGUCUUUUUUUUAUCUGUGGUUUAUGUGAUGGCUGAAAUUUGAUCUGUUUUUGGAUCAAUUUGUUUUGUAUUUGUACAACAGAUCUGUCAAACUGUGACAGAUGAACUGUUCCAAGGUUGAAUUCUAUUUGAAAAAUUCCUAAGGAAACAAUGUCUUUCAGUUUAAGGAAGAUAAUCUUCUCAUGCAUGUUGCAUGAAUCAAACCUGAUUGCAUCAGCAAGAAUGAGACCAUAAUGGUGUCAUUCUUUCUCUACUGGUCAAAUAUUUAAAUGUUAUAUUGACAUUAUGUUUUGUUCAUAUUAUUAUGAACGUAAACACAUUUUAAUUUCUGAUUGGACAAGGUGGAUGUGUUGUAAGAUCCAAACAUGUAUUUUUUCUUAACAACACUGUUAUAACCAACCACAGAUUUUCCUGUGAUGUGCUUCAGUGCAUGUAACAAAUUGCUGAUCAGUUUUAUGAUCAGUAUUAUCAUUGUACUGUAUGAACUGCUAAUUGUUAGUGUUUAAAUUGACAAUUUAACGAUUACACUUUUAUAGUGAACUGAUGUGUUUGUUAAAACAGUUUGACCGGUUCUAUGGUCACUUUUUACUUAUUUUGUAUGUUAUGAGGACCGUGUCCUCGUCAUUUGUCAUUCUAUGAUGACAGGUCUUUCUUGUGAUGUAUCAUCAUCUCUGAAUGAGGCUUUUCUCAUUCUCUGAAUAAAUGUGCCUUGUUUAAUAAACAAACAGCCAUCUGAAAA